AUGGAAGGAGAAAGUAUAACUAAAUUCGUCGCUGAAGUUGCUGAAGUUCAAGACUCACCGCCUUUUAUAUCGAACGUAGUUCCUAAUGGAGAAGAGUUAGAAAUUAAAUUAAAUGAUACAAGUGAUAAUUCAAUAGUAACAGUUAAAGAAGAAAGUGGUAUUAGUUUUGAGAAUUUAGCAGAUUGUAAAAUUGAAAGUGUAGAUUAUAAAGAGUCUUUUGCUGUUAACGGUUCCUGCGAGGCAAUUGAUGAUGCAAGAUCGUUGGGUGAUCUCGACAGCUUACCAGCGGGUGAUGAGCUAGCGCUGGGUGCUGCUGGUAGUGACAGUGGUGUGGAGGGAUGCGGCCGUGCUCUCAGUAGCGAAGGUGGAUCCCGUUCUUGUGCUUCUAGUGUUGUGUCGUGUGGUUCAGGUUGCGGGUCCGAAAGCUCCUCAUUAGCUGGAGCACCCCCUCGUCCGCGCCGUCGAGUUAACGUUACCGUGGCUGAACCAAAAAGAAGUUCACCCAUCGGGACAUCAACACCACGCCCUGUAACAGCACCUCGUGGACCAAACCUUGCCACACGUGAGCGAGCGAGAAGUAGAGAAAAACCAACACCACCAGAAAAACCUCGACCGCUUACUCCGAAACCACGUAUACGACCAACUACAGAUCUUCCAAACUUAGUUAGGGAAAGCCCAGCUUUACGUGCCAAACCUACGAAAACUUCCACUGCAAGAUGCAGAACACCAAAUUCACCAGUUGACGAGAAAAAAUGGCCUACGAAUGGACAAAGACUGUCGAACGCUACUGACACAUCUGCAACUCGGGUAGCCGCAGAUAAAUAUGGCACUUUACCCCGAAGACGCCGAGAAAUGGAUCCGGAAUCUUCACCGAAACAUGAAAGCACACCACCGUCUUCCAGAAGGCCCACCGUAGCGCGCUCGGUUUCUUCUCGAUCAGCAACUAAGACUCGCGUGAGAAUAUAUGCUGAAAAGAUUUCACAGACUGUAUUACUUGGAACUGAUAUAGAAUCAGCACUUGCAGGAAUAAUGCCAAAUAUAGAAAGUCGUGUGGACGUAUCGCGAUGCCAUCGUGGAGUUCAAGCUAGCGCCCGCGAUACUGAGACAGCGCGGUUGGUCGCCGCAGCGGCUGCAGCUGAAGCGGCGGCAGCGGAGGAGCGAGAGAGAAGGUUGCACGUUGAAGCGCAGCUAGCUGCUGAGCGCGCUGCGAGGCUCGCGGCUAUAUCAGAGUUAGAGAGGAACUCGCAACGUCUUCUUGAACUUGCUGGCGCUGGCGCCGGCUCAAAUGCGGACGGUUGUUUGCGAGCUCUAGAAGAACAAUUACGGUCUGCCGGGGAGCUCGCCACGAGACAGCGCGGCGAGAUUGACGCGUUACGGGACCACUGUAACAAACUACACGCGGAGGCAUGCAACGGGCGGGAGAGGGCGCGCGUGCUGGAGGCGCGGCUGGCGGAGGCGGAGCGCGAGGCGGCUGAGAUGCAGGACUUCCUCGCGGCGGAGACAGGCGCGCUCGGCGACUCGCUGCGCGACGCGGAGGCGGAGGUCGCGCGGCUUAGUGCCGACUUGGAACGCAGGCGAGCAGAGUGCCGGCAGCUGGUGCGCAUGUGCGAGCAGCGCCGCCAGGAGGCGCUGGCGGCGGGCGCGCGGGCGCGCAACGGCGCGGGCGCGGUGGCGGCGCUCGACGCACUCUCGCGCCGGCUGCGCGCGCUGACGGACGCCGUGCGCGCCGCCUACGCGCUGCCCCCGCAUGUGGUACAGCAGAAUGUGUACCACAAUGAUGUUUAUUGCAGCCGCAGCGAUAGCGGUGAAACCCUAUCUCCAGAAGACGAGACGCGCGGGGGGUUGCUAGGCGCGGUGGCACGUGCGCUCCGCUCGGCGGCCGGCGCGCCACUGAUGCAGCACACCCCGCACGCGGCGCACACCCCCCACACGCCGCACACCCCGCACGCCCCGCACGCCGACGACGAGCGUUCGCGCGUGUCCGACGACAACGAUAACUCCGCGGACUUGCUGGACUCGGAGACUGAACCGUGUCUUGUGACGGAUCCAGAAUGUGCAGAAGAGUGGUGGUCGGGUGCGGAGGGCGCAGGCGCGUGGAGUGGCGAGGAGUUGUCGCCCGAGAGAGAAUCCUGUGGAGAUAUUGACAAAGAAGCCGAGGCGUCAGUGGAAGCGGACAUAUGCGCGGACGAGGCGCAGUACGCGGACGGCGACAACUCUGCGGAGUGGCCGUCGGAGCGCGAGUCGCUGCGCGCGCUGUCCGCGGCCAUCGCGGCGCGCCAGCGCUGGGAGGCGGCGGGCGAGCGCUCGGCGCGCGGCGCGCUGCUGGACCGCGUGCUGGCGCUCGACCUGCGCCUGGCCGAGCUGCUGCGCGCGCUGGCCGCCGCCGCCGCCGCCGCGCCCGCCGCGCCCGCCGCCGGCGACGCGGCCGCUCUGGCGUUGGCGCAUGCGCUCAGAGAUAAAAUUGAAGUAACGGAAAAGAAUGUCGCAGACGUUGUGGUAAAAAAGCUGGCUGAACUAGACGCCUGCAAAACGCUCAUGGAAGAGUAUCAACAGUCUAUACAAGUAUUAAAAAGUCAGAUAGCUCAAAACAAUGAAGAGGACGACAUCGAGUUGAUUGAGCAGGAGCUCCAGUCAUGCGACGACACGACGCGCACGCGGCGCACGGAGGCGCUGCGCGCGGCGCUGGCCGCGGUGGCGGACUGCCCGCGACUGGCGCGCCGCCUGCAGCGCCUCGCCGCCGCGCUGGCCGCGCCCCCCUCCCCCGCCCCCGCGCCCCCCGCCCCCGCGCCCGCCCCCGCCGCCGCCCCCGCGCCCGCGCCCCCCGCCGCCUGCACG